CAGGCAUCAGCUGAUGACUUCUGUUGUUGCCUUUCUGCUUGUCGUUGGAGAUUGCUGAAGCGCUUUCUUUCAUCCAAGAACGGACUCGGUUUCCUUGGUCUUGUUGAUGUCAAAUUAAGGAUUAAGAAGGUACUUUGACACGUUUAAAAACUAACUUUAAUAUAAUAUGUACAGCUUUUUUUCUUAUACUAAUACGCUUGCUAGCUAGUCAGCAAGCUAACUUGCACUUCUCACAAUCUGAUCUAAAUACCAGACUGUAGUGGCUAAAUCAAUCCAUUGCGUUAAGUCUCCUUUUAGCUAGCUACAUAACGUUAGAGUAUCCUGAAAUUAUGUAUACAGUUUUAGCCUACGUUUUUCGAUGCCAAUAUACUCGAUAAUGUAGUCAGUCAAAAAAAGAGCCUGCGGGACUAUAAUGAUUGGGCGUCAGUAAAGUUGCAGUUCCUUCGGGUUUUUUUUGUCAAUAACGUCGCAAUGAAUUUUGCCUUGACUCGUUUGUAAAAAAUUUUGCAGCAGUGUCCCUCUCCUCAGCCGUUGCUAACAUUCCAUCCAUGAGUGCCUCGGACAGUGAAGAGGACUCCUACAAUGAGAGGACAGCUCUGGUUGCAUCCAAGAUACCGCCUGUGCCAUUUUACCAACAAGACCCCGACCAACCCCAGCCUGCAGACAUGGAGCCCAGGGUAGGUGUCCUCUGCACUGUUGGGCAAGUGCUCUUUCCCGGAGCGGGGACACCUUGGAUCAUUUCAAGGCUCUAUCUCAAUUGGUCUUUGUGAUUCCUUGCAUCCUAUCUCCUCACCUCCUUCGCAACCGUAUUGGAGGAGAUGGUCCAAGGUCCCUCCCAGGACCCUCCCCAAAGCAUUUUGAGAAGUAGGCGAGGAGAGCGGAUGCAAUGAAUUGAGAAAGAGCAUUUGAAUAAAGUGUCUAACUCUUAGAUAGUGGUGAUUGUGAUGAAGAUAUACAGUCGUGGUCAAAGCUUUUGAGAAUGACACGAAUACUAAUUUUCACAAAGUCUGCUGCCUCAGUUUUGAUGAUGGCAAUUUGCAUAUACUCUAGAAUGUCAUUAAGAGUGAUCAGAUGAAUUGCAAUUAAUUGCAAAGUCCCUCUUUGCCAUGAAAAUGAACUUAAUCCCCAAAACAAAUUUCCACUGCAUUUCAGCCCUGCCACAAAAGGACCAGCUGACAUCAUGUCAGUGAUUCUCUCGUUAAUAUAGGUGAGAGUGUUGACGAGGACAAGGCUGGAGAUCACUCUGCCAUGCUGAUUGAGUUAGAAUAACAGACUGGAAGCUUUAAAAGAAGGGUGGUGCUUGAAAUCAUUGUUCUUCUUCUGUUAACCAUGGUUACCUGCAAGGAAACACGUGCCGUCAUCAUUGCUUUGCACAAAAAGGGCUUCACAGGCAAGGAUAUUGCUGCUAGUAGAUUGCACCUAAAUCAACCAUUUAUCGGAUCAUUAAGAACUUCAAGGAGAGAGGUUCAAUUGUUGUGAAGAAGGCGUCAGGGCGCCCAAGAAAGUCCAGCAAGCGCCAGGACCGUCUCCUAAAGUUGAUUCAGCUGCAGGAUUGGGGCACCACCAGUGCAGAGCUUGCUCAAGAAUGGCAGCAGGCAGGUGUGAGUGCAUCUGCACGCACAGUUAAGCGAAUACUUUUGGAGGAUGGCCUGGUGUCAAGAAGGGCAGAAAAUAAGCCACUUCUCUCCAGGAAAAACACCAGGGACAGACUGAUAUUCUGCAAAAGGUACAGGGAUUGGACUGCUGAGGACUGGGGUAAAGUCAUUUUCUCUGAUGAAUCCCCUUUCCGAUUGUUUGGGGCAUCCGGAAAAAAGCUUGUCCGGAGAAGAUGAUGUGAGCGCUACCAUCAGUCCUGUGUCAUGCUAACCCUAAAGCAUCCUGAGACCAUUCAUGUGUGGGGUUGCUUCUCAGCCAAGGGAGUGGGCUCACUCACAAUUUUGCCUAAGAACACAGCCAUGAAUAAAGAAUGGUACCAACACAUCCUCAGAGAGCAACUUCUCCCAACCAUCCAAGAACAGUUUGGUGACGAACAAUGCCUUUUCCAGCAUGAUGGAGCACCUUGCCAUAAGGCAAAAGUGAUAACUAAGUGGCUCGGGGAACAAAACAUCAAAAAUGUGGGUCCAUGGCCAGGAAACUCCCCAGACCUUAAUCCCAUUGAGAACUUGUGGUCAAUCCUCAAGAGGCGGGUGGACAAACAAAAACCCACAAAUUCUGACAAACUCCAAGCAUUGAUUAUACAAGAAUGGGCUGCCAUCAGUCAGGAUGUGGCCCAGAAGUUAAUUGACAGCAUGCCAGGGCGAAUUGCAGAGGUCUUGAAAAAGAAGGGUCAACACUGCAAAUAUUGACUCUUUGCAUAAACUUAAUGUAAUUGUCAAUAAAAGCCUUUGACACUUAUGGAAUGCUUGUAAUUAUACUUCAGUAUACCAUAGUAACAUCUGACAAAAAUAUCUCAUAACACUGAAGCAGCGAACUUUGUGAAGACCAAUUCUUGUGUCAUUCUCAAAACUUUUGACCACGACUGUACUGUGGGUACCACAGCCACUACUUUCGAUUGACUCCUUCAUAGUGCAAUAAUAACACUAUUAUUCACACCAUGUACUAUUUCCAUGUAAUAAGCAAUGCUAAAAAAUGCUCCAUUACCUUGCAGCGGCGCCCGGUGGCCCCAGAGCCUGCAGCUGAGCCCCCCAGCCUGGACAGGAGUGCCGUGGAGCGGGAGCCCGUAGACCUGGAGGACGACGAGGAACGUACCCUCAAGUACGGCGCCAAGCAUGUCAUCAUGCUGUUCGUCCCCGUCACCCUUUGCAUGGUGGUCGUCGUAGCCACCAUCAAGUCGGUCAGCUUCUACACUGAGAAGAACGGACAGCAGCUGUAAGUGUUUUUCCUUCCGUUUAGUAACAUUGGGUUAUGUUCAUGAGGCAUCAAACGGAAGAAAACAGACAGCGGGAAGGGGCUGCUACCUGGACCUGUCCAAUAAGAAAUAAAAAAAUGUGUGUUCUGUUUCAAAAAGUUUUCUGUUGUGUGCCCUAAUGAACACAACCCAGUGUAAUAUGAGAAGAGACGCUUCUUUGCGUGAUGAUAUGAGAUGAGCUGCUUCUAUGCAAGACAUUAUGAGACGAGGUGGUUCUCGCAGAUCUUUAUGACAGCUCCUUAAGGGAACUUUUCCUGGGAUUUGACACUGACAUGCUUAGAACUUAGUAGUCUUAAUAACUUGAGUAUGUUACGCAACUGGUUUUCCCACACUUUAGUACAAGCUAAGUUCAUAUCUAGCUCACUGGAACUAAGGCUAAAUUAGGGGUGGUCCACCCUCCCUACUAUAACAUCUUGAAAUCCAGUAGAAUAAGGUGUGUUCGCGUAGGGCUGGAGCAAAAUCCUGCAGGAGGGUAGCUAGCUAGUAUUCUGAGAAGGGUUGGCCACUUAUGAGAUAAAGAUUAGGUGUAGAUAAUAUUAGGUUUAGAGUGAAGUUGCCCCUAGAUGCUGAUCCAGGGUCAGUUCUGCAUUUCCCCCACCAAUAGUUAAGGUUAGGCUUGGGGAGGGGAAGCUGAUCCUAGAUCUGUACCUAGGGGGAAACUACACAUUUUACAUUUACAUUUUAGUCAUUUAGCAGACGCUCUUAUCCAGAGCGACUUACAGUUAAGUGAGUGCAUACAUUUUCAUACUGGCCCCCCGUGGGAAUCGAACCCACAACCCUGGCGUUGCAAACGCCAUGCUCUACCAACUGAGCUACAUCCCUGCAGGCCAUUCCCUCCCCUACCCUGGACGACGCUGGCUAAUUGUGCGCCGCCCCAUGGGUCUCCCGGUCGCGGCCGGCUACGACAGAGUCUGGAUUCGAACCAGGAUCUCUAGUGGCGAUGCAGUGCCUUAGACCACUGCGCCACUCGGGAGACACCACGGAGCAUAGUAUUAGUGUCAUGCCGAUUUCAUGAUUGUUGAUUUGACUCUGGCCCUGUUAGGAUCUACACGCCAUUCACAGAGGACACAGACACGGUGGGCGAGCGGCUGCUCAACUCUGUGCUCAACACCCUCAUCAUGAUCAGCGUCAUCGUGGUCAUGACCAUCUUCCUGGUCGUGCUCUACAAAUACCGCUGCUACAAGGUGAGACAGACCAAGGGUGUAUUCAGUGAUGUGAAACAUUCUGAACGUUGCAGAUAGAAAUAGAAUGAAUACAGCGGACACGAUUCCCUGGUAUUCUAUCUGACAGGUAAUCAUAUCUGUUGUUUUACACCGUGCAUUUCUAUAUAAACGUUCUGUAACAUUACAUCCUACUGAACAGGCCCCAAGCUUGGAGUGCUACAUUCUAAUGCUGUGUGUCAUGGUUCAUUCUGUCCUAGUUCAUUCACGGAUGGCUCAUCCUGUCCUCACUGAUGCUGCUCUUCUGGUUCAGCUUCAUGUACCUGGGGUGAGUGGCCCUCCCUGCAAUUGUUUGGAGACAGCUGUAUGGUAUCAUGCCUGGCUGUUGUGGUUGUUUCAAGGAGAGAGCGGGACAGGAAGGCUGUCUCAAAUAAUAUAUAGGCUCUUUAUAUGGGCUUAGUUCAUGGCUCUGGUCAAAGGUAGUGCACUUUAGGAUGUCAUUUGAGAUGUCACUUGUUUUACACCCCAACACACCAUAUGCAUUUGGGACAGUAAACUGGAAGUGGUUAUUCUGGGCAAGUUAAAUUGUGUGUGUGUGGCCUACUUGGCCCCUGCCUGUUCAACAAUGCUUGCGUUAGCCCGGUGUUAUUGAUACACGCAGCAAGGGGAACUGAUACUGCUGCCUCAUUGGAAGCAGAACCUGUUAAUAUGUAUUUUGCUGCCACUUUUCUCUGUGGCUAUUGACAAUUUUCCAAAAAAUAUUGCGUUAUAGAAAUUUCCACCACACUAGUGUAUUAAGUAACUUUGUUAUUGAAAUGAAAAAUAUUAUAUUACAAUGCUUGUGUUGUUAGCUAAAACUUCUCCCCCCUCAGCUUUUCUUAUUUAAAGAACUGUCUGACAGAUCUGAAAGAUCACCUUAGUCCCUGGGCCAGAGAUUUAACUUAAACAGAAUCCCACUGUCUUCACUUACAGCAAAGGCAGCAUUCUAAUUCCUCAGUUCAAACUCUGGAUGGGAGCAUCUCAACAGUUUAAUGUGAAUUCCUCAUCCUAAAAGACAGGACAGAUGAAAGGAAGGGUAUUCAUCUGACCUACUCAGAUCACUAUGGAUGAAGGAUAGGAGGUGAGGAAAGGAAGCCACUAGUGACCAUUGAGAUACGUCCCUUGUCUGUAAAGCAGAGGUUUGAAUGCACUUUAAAUAAAGUUUGAUUUGACAAAUCUCUCUCCUCCUAUCCAGGGAGGUAUUUAAAACCUACAACAUGGCCAUGGAUUACCCCACAGUAGCCAUGAUCAUCUGGAACUUUGGGGCGGUGGGAAUGAUCUGCAUACACUGGAAGGGGCCCCUGCAGCUGCAGCAGGCCUACCUCAUCUCUAUCUCGGCCCUCAUGGCCCUGGUGUUCAUCAAGUACCUGCCCGAGUGGUCCGCCUGGGUCAUCCUGGGAGCCAUCUCCGUCUACGGUGAGUAGGAGGGCUCAGAGAACAUAUUGCUUGUGGUUUCUACUGUCUGGGGAAACAACCCCUAGCAAUUUAGUCUCUAGUCUAGACACUGAGGUGAUUUGAAACGAUUGGAUAGGUAUAAGAUCCUUGAAUAGGUAUAAUCAUUUCCACUUAGGAUAUCCCUACAGUCGUGGUCAAAAGUUUUGAGAAUGACACAAGUAUUGGUCUUCACAAAGUUGAACAGGCAUAAAAAAAUUAACCUCUUACACUAAAAAGGGCAUUAUCAUCAUUUUCACAAUUUCAGUGUGAAAAUAUCACUAAAAAAUUAAAAUCAAGUUUGACUGCACUGCCCCUUUAAAAACCAGUAGCCUUGAGCAGAGAUUUGAGGGGGAAUUGACUUGAAUGGAUCACUGCAGCAUGUCUUGACUGUUCAAGUUACCACUUUACUUGUGAUCUAUUGAAGUUGGAGUGCCAAGUUAUCCUCAAAAGAACCCAAAGUUGGUUGAGAGGGACAUCAAUGCCUAAUUCAAAUUGAUCAAUAGUGCAAUUUGUAAGUCGCUCUGGAUAAGAACGUCUGCUAAAUGACGUAAAUGUAAAUGUGUCAUUCUCAAAACUUUUGACCACGACUGUAGGCAAGGUGGAGGUUCCAUCUUUUGUCUAGAAACGUAGCAGAUUUGAAAGUAUUGGAGUGGUGCAAGGUCCUUGGAUGGGUAUAAAUUCCACCUAGCCUAUCCCAGUGCAAGGUGAAUCUACCAUCUUAUUACUUAUACCUAUCUAAUCCUUUCAGAUCUUCGUGAAUAGCCAAGAGGGUUAGAGGCUACAGGUUGUUUCUGGACGGGCCCUUUGAUUUAAUGGUAUAGGUGUUAAAUUGACACUUUUUUUUGUCUGUAAUGGUAGAGCAGUUAUCAUGCUGCUGUACAGACAUUGACUAUUAGCUGAGCACCACCUAUCAAAAAGUGUGCGAUUUCAUCAUGUAUAAAUGUUGCAAUCAUUCUUCCAGUAGUUCAGUACUUUUUUUUCUCAUUCAGAAAUUCCCGUGUCAUGCUGUUGUCCUUUGUUUUGCAGAUUUGGUUGCAGUCUUGUGCCCCAAAGGUCCUCUCAGGAUGCUUGUAGAGACAGCACAGGAGCGCAACGAGCCCAUCUUCCCUGCACUCAUAUAUUCAUGUAAGUACAAGGUUUUGUUCAUUGGGGCACACCGUAGCAAACUGUUUUGCAACAGAAAGUGUUUCUUGUUAAACAAGUUCAGGGGUGUGUAUUAUCUUGAAACCAAACGGAAUGAAUUUGUCCAAUAAACUCUCAUUUUUUUUGCACAUUGUUUACCUACGGUGCAAAAGGUUUUGUUACCAUUUGAGUUUUUUUUUUUUCAUUAUCAUUCUUACAAUUUUAAUUUAUUGUAAAUAUGGUGGGUGAAUAUAUUUGUCCACAAGUGUGUAUUAUACGCAUGUGUGAAUUGGAAAUAUAAUUUAUAUAAAAUAAAAAAAAAUCAAUCUCCCAAUUCCCCCUGAGACACCCUCAGAGAGUAGGGUCACAGCCACAGUCUGCCAUUAUCAUCUGGAGCAAUUUAGGGUUAAGUGCUUUGGUCAAGGACACAUAAUGAACACUACCCAGCUCUGAGGGAAUAGGCAUCAUACAAAGCAGUGGCUCGUUGUCUUGGUGCCCUUUAUGUGUGUUUGUUUUAGUUCAAUUCAGAUUUGACCAAAAUGUUUGUUCGGUUUCUUUGAGCUGGUUCUCGAGCCUUUGGUAUGGUUCGUAAUUUCCUUCCAUAAGGAUGCCUUUCGACCAAAAUUACAAGUCUUGCAGAAUUGCACCAGUUUCCUAAUAAGACUUUCAUUUCGUUUUAGCUGCCAUGAUAUGGAUGGUUGGGAUGGCCAACCCAGCAAGAAAUGCAGAGCCCACAAAUGAAGAUACAGGUAGGUGUCGUAUAAUUUCUGCUUAUAACCCCUUUGGCUUUAACAAUGCUCAGUUUGUUCCUAGUCUCAACCAUAGAUAUAGUUAUAUUGUCUAUGGUAUCAACAGUCAAACAGUUUAACAUUGUAACGUUCAAGUGCACUGUAGAUUUGAAUGCAGAACAGAUUUGAAUGAAGGACUUACAAUGAAGAAACUGUUGCCAUUUUCGGUUCCUCAGACGAGGAAGCACAUCAGAGUGAGGGCAGCGCCCUGGCGGGAGACUGGGCGGAGCCAGAGACACAAGUGUCCUCAGGGAUGAACAGGUCCUACUCAACCGAGGACGACCUAGACGAGGAAGACCGUGAGUACUUUCUGAAUCCUAAAUCAACCACUAACCCCUACCCCCUACGCACGUCUGUAGGAUCGGAUGGGUGUAAGCAAUGGUGGUGAACAUUACACCAAGCCUAUCAGAGGGCAAAAUGUAGUCAUUUGCCAUUUCUAGCCAAUCCUUUAAGGUCUCCACAAAUGCAUAGGGGGUAGUGUUCUAGGGGUUGAUUGGGCAAACAUCUCCCAUAGCAACAUUUUCUCAAUUAUUUUUUAGAAUGAAUUUGUUUGUUUGUUUUUUAUUUUAUAAUAAAUGUGGUCUCUUGUGGUGUGAAACGAAUCCAAAUGGACAUGCUGUGGUGUGGUAUAAUCUUUAGGAGGAGUCAAGCUGGGACUGGGGGACUUCAUCUUCUACAGUGUGCUGGUGGGGAAGGCUGCCGCCACCGGAGGAGACUGGAACACCACGCUGGCCUGCUUUGUGGCCAUUCUCAUAGUGAGUGUUGCAGCCAGACCUAGGGCUGUUGCAGUGACCGUAUUACCGCCACACCGUCAAUCAUGAGUCAUAACCGCAGUAAAAUUCCAUGUGACCAUUGAGUAAUCUCCUUUUAUGCACUCUGGACAUGCGUUGGUAGUACUCAACUCGCUAACGACCAUCAAGUUGCUAAUGGUCUGGUACUCAGGGCUCUAUUGUCCCUCUAACCACUCUGACAUCAAUGCAAAAUCACAUCAAACACUUAUCAUCAAAACAGUAUUGUGCUUUUAAAACUCACCUCACUGAAGUUCAACAGCAGGUUGAAACUGAGUGGAAAACAUGGUCUUUGUGGAUGUUGUUUCAAAGUGAACAGCUCUUUCUAAGGUGAUAAUUAAUUCAAAACACCAAUAAGUAUAUUAAAGCUUAUUUAUGCAUAGGCCUAUAUGAGCCCAAGCUUAAUUUUAAAUUAAUUAAAAUAAUGAUUGUCCCAUAAUAUACUAAACAUAGCCUACCGCAUAUUAUGCAUGGCAGUAAAACAUUUAAAAAAAAUAAUAAUAAUGUAUUUGGUACAUAAUUGGUCUAACCUAUACUCUAAAAUUCAACAAAUUCUAGUAAUUGCCUUUGAGUGUGGACUGUAUUAUUAUGCAUACUGGAUGGACUGGUUACCGUAUUCUACGCUCCAAACGUUCUAUCCAUGAGUCUGGGAGUGAACGUAUAGGCCUAGGUGAUGCUGUUGGUUCAUUGAUUAGGCAGGGUGGCUUACAGAGUUAGCUUACAAUUAUAGUUUAUAACUUUAUUAGUUUUUUCUAAUUGUAUUUAUGUAUGUUUAACUGCUCAGUUGCAAGUCUGAACUAAGGUUCAUGAUAAGCAGACCCAUAGUAAACUAGAAAGGUAGUUUCAGCAGAAACUUUGGAAUGGGUGUUGAUUGCUAGCCUAUUUAGUGUGGUGGCUAAGCUGAAAUAGCCCUAAAAACUGUGUGAUAAAGCACCAAAUGUGGCCCAUUUGUGGAUUUGAACUGUUCUUUAAUGACCCCUUCUGUGUCUCACAGGGACUCUGCCUCACUCUUCUGCUGCUGGCCAUAUUCAAGAAGGCCCUCCCAGCUCUCCCCAUCUCCAUCACCUUCGGCCUGGUCUUCUACUUCUCUACAGACAACCUGGUCCGCCCCUUUAUGGACAACCUCGCCGCCCACCAGUUCUACAUCUGACUUCCCCUCUGGGGGUCAGUGGAACGCACAACCAUUUUUUCCCCCACGCCUGUUCUCGUGUUUUCCACCAAUGGUAGUCUGUGAGCAAAGAUUUGAUUGGGGGGGCUAGAAUGCUUUUAAAUCAGAUUGUGUAUAUUUUGCUAACAGGUCACCACAAACGAGGGUAAAAUGCAUCAGGGAUUGUUUCAUGGGGCAGAUAGACAGAUACACCUGUCUUGUAUCAAUGUGUCUCAGUUCUUAUUUUCCAGAUAUAGGAUGGCGUCAAGUUGUUUCUUCUCAUUAGAUAGGUCAAUUUCGAUAAGAUGCAGGUCAGAAACAGGACAUUAUCAGGAGAAAUCACAUUUGUAUUAAGCACUACAUUUACAUUUAAGUCAUUUAGCAGACGC